GCUGAUUGAGAGACGUCCGCUGAGGCGCCGGGGCUCGGACCUGGCCGAGAAGAGAAGACCCCCGCGGGGAGGCGGAAGGAUGCGUCUACACCGCUUUCGGAGCGGGAUGUGGUCGAAGUGGGAGUGGUGUGUGGCGCCGGGUUGAGGAGGCCCCGCGUAGGGGGUCGGGGCUGCGGAGGGAAGUGGCCUCGGUGUUUUUUCCUGACGAAUACUUAUUCUGCUAUUUGAGGCUUAAUAAAACCUGGACCCAUACUUUAAAAACACAUUACAGUAGACUCAGGAUAUGAAAGAUGGCAAGUCCGGAUAGAAGUAAACGGAAGAUAUUAAAAGCCAAAAAAACCAUGCCUACAAGUUGCCGGAAGCAAGUGGAGAUCCUGAAUAAAUCAAAGAAUUUUGAAGCACUGAAAACAACAGCAGUUGGGAGUAAUGUUCCAAGUGGUAAUCAGAAUUUAAGUAUUGAUGCCGUAACUAAGAAAUGUAGGCUCUCUGAAAAUGUUGCUUCCUCACUGGACUCUAACAAGAAUUCAGUAUUCUCACAGAAAAGUAAGGAAUUCCCUCAGAAUUUAAUAAAACCUGUAGAAGAACUUGAGUUAGAAACAAGAUUGGAAUAUAUUGAUGAACAAGUUGUGUGUCCUUACCAAAAGCCAAGUAAAACAGUAAAUUCUCCCAACAAAUUUUUUAUACAAGAGGCAAAAGACUCAUGGAAUACUUAUGAAAAUCAUUCUGAAAACCAUUUUGAAUAUCAGGCAAAUGUAACAAGAUCCUUUUCUGAACAUGAAGGGGAUUGUAACUUGAAAUCCAUUUGCUGUGCACCCAUUAUAUUGAGGGAUGUAGUUCAAAUGCCAAAGACUACAGUAGCCAGUACUUUGGAUGAUAAGAGAGUUGACAAGAUGGUUUCCCACUUAGAAGCAAAGGCCAACUCGGAGUCACAUGAUAAAAGCCAACAUAACAACUUUUUAAGUUCACACUCACGUUUUGUGCCUGUUGAGAAAACACCUAAUUUGGUGAACUUAGUCACUUCCAGCAUCUGUGCUGCCGACAUUUUGAGAACUGAAGAAUCUAGUAGAACCUGUCAUGCCAGCAUUUCAAAUUGUGAAAGUACAGACUCAACGUGGCUGCCAUCACUUGACACUGAUAGUGAUAACAGCCAUAAUCAAAAGAAGAGGAUGUUUUCAGAAAACAAAGAAAGUGUUAAGCGCAUGAGAACUUCAGAGCAAAUUAAUGAAAAUGGUUGUGUAGUUCUGGAAGGGCAAACAGCGUUGCUGGAACAGGUCAAACAUUUGAUUCGACAGGAGAUCUGUAGUAUAAGUUACAAACUAUUUGAUAACAAACUGAAAGAAUUGAACGAACGCAUUGGGAAGACAGAGUGCAGGAAUAAACAUGAAGCAAUAGCUGAUGACCUCUUCGCAAGAAUAGCAAAGCUUCAAAGACGUAUUAAAAAAAUAUUAUUAUAUCAAAGGGAUUCUUUGGAACCAAAUGUGUUGUCCAGUAAUACAGCCUGUAAGGUCCCAAAUUCAGAGACCAUGAAUUUGGAUAAGAAUCAAGAGUCAGUUAAUAGUCCAGUUGAAAGGAUGACUUCUGUGAACUGUGAACCUUCUAAUCCUUCAGAAAAUGCAAGUGGAAAAAUCAGUUUGUCAUUGGAUAGUAAUGAGUCUGUUUCUGAAAGUAAUGAUGAUGUUAUGCUGAUUUCUGUGGAAAGUCCUAGUUUGACAAAUCCAAUUACAUCAGAUCCAACAGAUAUUAGAAAAAUUCCGUCAGGAAAGUCCAGCGAUUCACCUAAUCCUAAAACUGAAGUUGUGGCUGUAGAGAAGAAGAAACUUAACUCUGUAAUUGAUUUGACAAAAGAGGGCCUAUCCAACUGCAACACAGAAAGUCCAGUGUCCACCCUGGAGUCACCUUCGAAAGCUGUUUCAAACUCAAAAGAAACAAUCCCGGUGGCACAAAAUGCAUUCCAGGUUCUUGAGUCCUUUGAGCACCUGCCACCUCUCCCAGAACCACCAGCACUACCACCUGAACUGGCAGACAAAGUCCGAGACACGCUUCCUCCCCAGAAGCCUGAGCUCAAAGUGAAACGGGUGCUGAGACCAAAAGGCAUUGCCCUGACUUGGAACAUCACCAAAAUCAAUCCCAAGUGUGCUCCUGUGGAAAGCUACCAUCUCUUCCUGUGCCAUGAGAACCCUAAUAAUAAGUUGAUUUGGAAGAAAAUUGGAGAAAUUAAAGCUUUACCGCUCCCAAUGGCCUGUACUUUAUCUCAAUUUUUAGCUUCCAGUAAAUAUUAUUUUACUAUCCAAUCGAAAGACAUUUUUGGGCGAUAUGGGCCAUUUUGUGAUAUAAAAUCUAUCACUGGGUUUUCUGAAAAUCUUACCUAAAAGAAAAGUCUUGAAUAACUGUAUGUUUAACUACAUAUUGUUUUCUUUUUUUUGUAUUUGAGUUGUUUGUUUACAGUGUUAUUUUAAUACUAUUUGCCAUUUUAAAAGGCCAGUUCAGAUUGUGAACCCUUUGUAUAGGGACAGUCAUAUUCUAUAUAUUGUAAGCGACUUAUAUUUUCAUGAACUUCUGAUUUGCAUUCAGUAUGUACUUCCAGUGUAUAUGUUCUAAAACGUACACUGUCAUGGACCCAUGUUGCUAAGGUGUGUUGUGAACAAUACCUUUGAUGUCUAUGGACCUGCUGAUUAUAUGCGAAGCCCUAGGAUACAAGCAGCCACCAUUUCCUCUGUUGACAAUCAGAUUUUGGUGACCUGCUUGUGGUCAAUUUAGCUCCCAGCUUUUUACUGAAGCCAGACCAUCCCUGGGGUACAUGCCCACCAAGAUUUUAUAGAAAUAAAUAUCUUCUCAUUCUGUUCAAAUUCUAAGAGGACUAUUAAUUUGUGCCCUGCCUCCUUUUUUUUUUUUUUCUUUUUGGCUAUGUCUAUCAUUUGGGGAAAUAGUCUGGAGGUUUUCCCUAAAUCUGUUUGUAUACUUAUAUAUAAUAAAUUUGUUAAACACUGUGCUGUGUACACAAAAACAUAUACUAUCUCUUACAAAAGCAUUAUCCAACCCAUUACAUCAGUUGAGAAUGGAAUUGUCUGCCUUAGAUUUAAGGCUUUAAUUGCUGGUUCCCUUAAUGCUACCCUUUGUUCAUUUCUGGGCUGCCAUUAUUAGUACUCAGAAAACAUAACACUAAAAAAGCUCUGAUAAUGUGUCUUGUGCAUACCUCUAUCAGAGGGCCCACAGAACUGAAGCUCACUAGGAUAAGCAACCUAAGAAACUGAACAUGUGAACAGAGACUUGAUAAAUACAAGUCAGGGCCCAAUGGAGGCAAACUUUGUAGAUAACUAAUACUGGGACAUUGAGGAAACAGAAGAAUAACCCUAACUGUGAAAGAUUGUUUGAAAGAGGGUCAUUCUUUCCUGGUACACAGUGAAAGUUCAGGCCUCAGAGUCUCAGAUGUAAAAAAUGAGCAGAGAAUGGUUUUCCUUGGCAUUUUGUGAACGCCUUCACAUCUUCAGCAAUAAAUAAAACUUCUUUUUUUUCUUUUUCA